AUGGCGGGGAAGCUUCAUUCAGGGAUCGACAGGCUUCUUACAGACAUUAAGGCCCUUUCGGCCAUAGUUGAAAGGCUUUCUUCCACUGUCAAGAACAUGGCACCUGCCAUUGAAAGCCUACGUGUGAAAGUGGCCAGCUUGUCUCUGGCGGUCGACAGCCUUAAUGCAAAAACUGAUCAGGUUGCCACUGCUAUUGGCUGCCUAUCUGAGGAAAUGGAUAAAAUUGUCACCAUGGUGGAAGUUUUGAAACUGGGACUUCAACGAGAGAGCUACUUCCAAGGCGGCCAAGGACCAUUCGUUAAAAUGCCCAUGUGA